AUGAUAGUAACAUUGCCUAAACCUGGUAAACCAACAGAUUCCCCUGCCUCCAGACUUCACAAAGUUCUACCAGCCUUGAUAGAUAUUGAUCGAGUAGGGUUUGUGGCCGGCAGACAGUGUAGAGAUGGGACCAGGCGCAUCAUCGAUCUCCUACAUAUGGCAGAGCUUUCUAGGUCCCCCACGGUUUUUCUGUCCCUAGAUGCUGAGAAAGCAUUUGACAGGGUGCACUGGGGAUACCUGGAAAGAUGUAAGAUGUCUCAAGCUCCUGAAUCAGAUGAUAACCUGUCCUUACCCGGGUCUUCUGUGUCGGGACGCGCCAGUAACCCAUCCCUGCGUAGCUGGACCGUCCCGAAACUCGUCGCGGAGCUUAACAGGAGGGGAAUCCGUCAUCCCGCAUCUGCAAGGAAGACGGAGCCGGAGGGUUCCAACGACCAGCCCUCUCUCUCUUCCAUCCAGCUGUCCCUGCUGCAGUUGCAGUCCACCAUCGGCAGUCUGGCUGGUUCGGUGGCUAAUAUUCAAGCCAGAAUGGGGGAAUUGGAGUCCCGGCCUCCGGCAGCACCGCCAUCCCCAGCCCCUCCUGCCAUUCCUUCAACUUCCCAGGACACGGCACCAGGAACUUCCAGAGGCAGACCCCGUCGGUAUUCCAGCUCCGCCAUUCAGCUCCCUCCUGUUGGACUAGGGCCCCUGAUAGCGUCCGCCCCGGACCUUAGUCCAGCAUUCACUAGCCGCCAACACCGCCAGGAAUUAUGAGGCCAGGUUAUAGAAUGUGUCGGCAGAUAAGAACCAUUUGGCCCAUCUAGUCUGCCCAAUAUACUAAGUACUAUGGAUAGCCCCUGGCCCUAUCUUAUAUGAAGGAUGGCCUUAUGCCUAUCCCAU